AUGGCCAAGACCAUCGAUGGCAAGGUCCGCCCCCUCGCGCCAUUUGACAAGACACUCGAAAAGUCGACGCUAAAAGGCGCGUCCCGGAUCUAUGUCAACCGGGACUCCCUCAUCCAGCUCACUGGCAGCGUCGACAACGGACGGCGCUGCGUUGUGACGAGAAACGUCGCUCAGGAUGCGGCCAAGUCCACGUCCACAACGGAGCCGUUGCAUCGCGAGGCGGCUCUGUGGACUUUGUCCGACAAGAACAUCAGCCCCAACAUCAUCCUCAUGAGCGAGGCGUACCGCGAGGCCUGCGGGUUCGAGCUGGGCGACCAAAUCACCAUCACCAUGUGCGAGAAGACCGUCAUCCCCGACGCCGAGGCCGUGAACAUCCUACCCGUGACUACGUCGGAGAGAGAAAGAGCCGAGAUUAGUGCGUGGGAAGGCGCCUGGAUUGGGGUGAUUCGGUUCUAUCUCGGGCGCGCCGAACAUGUGUUCCCUGGCAUGAAGUUUGAGUGUGUGGCGCCAGGGGCCAAGCAGAUGUUCAGGAUUACAACCGUCGACGGUCAAACAGACAACGUCGCCCGCUACGUCGUUUCAACAAUACCGAGCAUUGUCUCCAGCGAAGAGGAAGAAGAGCCUGUUCAAGAGGUCGUCCGGGACGUGACACGGCUCGUUGUCUCCAACAUUCCGGGUCUGCACGCCGAAGAGAAGAGGCUGAGGAGCUUCCUCCGCGGCUUCAACACCAACUUCGUCUACAAGGGCCAGCAGAAGUCCUGCGGCAUCGUCAUCCACGGCGGUCGGGGCACCGGCAAGUCGUACAUCCUGAGCCGUAUAGCGGCCACGGGCUGGGGUAGGGUCUUCCGCAUAGAGGAGAACGACAAGUCGUCCACGGUGGAGGAGAUCUUCAAGCAGGCGCGGACGAUGCAGCCCAGCAUUAUUCUUAUCGAUGGCCUGCAGGCCUUGAUCGGAAAAGACAGGGCGAACUCCACGGCCAUCAUCCAGAGAUUGGGACAGCAGCUCGACCAGCUGGCCGAGGAUGCGGUGAACAACGGCACCCUGCCCAAGGUCGUCGUUGUCGCCACUUGUCUGGACUACAUGACCGACGUGCCGCCUGAGCUCCAGAAGAGGACGAGGUUCGAACGAAACAUCCCCCUCUCUAUACCCAAUGCAGAGGGCAGGUUAGAGAUCCUCAAAUCGUUUGACAUACCCGUGCAGCCAGAGGUCAAGGACGUAAUGCUGGUCAAGUUGUCACAACAGACGCACGCUUUCAACGCAAGCGAUCUCGACAGGCUCAUUGAGAACUCGAUGAUCAUCUCGGCGGAGCGGCUGGACCCAGACGAGACGGGGUACGACGAGGAGACGAUGGGGACGCCGUACCUCUCGCGCGAGGACCUGGAGCAGGCACUGCGCUCUACAAGACCAACAGCCAUGCACGACGUGAACCUAAAGCCCCCAACGAUCCACUGGCAGGACGUCGGUGGCCAGGAGAGCCUCAAGAAGGCCCUGCGCAACAUGAUCACUCUCACGACGACAAAUGACCCGACGGUCCAGAAGCUCAUCCUGACACCGCCCAAGGGUCUCCUCCUCUACGGCCCGCCGGGCUGCUCUAAGACUCUGUCGGCGCAGGCCAUGGCGACCGAGUCGGGGUUCAACUUCUUCGCCGUCAAGGGCGCGGAGCUGCUCAACAUGUACGUGGGCGAGUCGGAGCGGGCGGUGCGGCAGCUGUUCGAGCGGGCGCGCGCCGCGAGCCCCAGCAUUAUCUUCUUCGACGAGAUCGACUCCAUCGGCGGGCAGCGCGCCGGCGGCGGCGCGGCCGCCAAGAGCCAGGGGUCCGUCAACAUGCUUACGACGCUGCUCACCGAGAUGGACGGCUUCGAGGCGCUGUCUGGGGUGCUGAUCCUCGCGGCGACGAACCGACCGGAGGCUAUGGACCCGGCGCUACUUCGCCCCGGCCGCUUCGACCGCAUCGUGUACGUCGGUCCGCCAGACGCCGCGGGGCGCGAGGCGGUCUUCAACCUAUACCUGCGGAAGCUGCCGCUCGCGGCCGACGUGGACGUGGCGGAGCUCUCGCGGUUGUCUGAGGGCUUCUCAGGCGCCGAGAUCAAGCAAAUCGUCAACGUCGCGACGGAGCCGGCGUUGAAUAAGACGCUGAACAAGACGUCGGGGCAGGGAGCGGCGGACGGCGGAGCCAGGCUGGACGGCGGCGAGAUGGCACAGGACCAGGUGCGGGUGUGCAUGCAAGACAUCGUCGAGGCCAUCAAGUCUGUGCCCAAGGGCAUCACACAACAGAUGCUGGACGGGUAUGAGAAGUGGUCGAAGCAGUUCAUGAAGCACCAGAACCAGAAGUAG